CACAGACGCCGCAUCAUUCAUUCCGAGAAAACAUACAGCGUUGUGAACACGAAGUCAACAAAUUGAAACUCUUACAUUUUAUCUUACAAUUUAAACUGGAAAUUUACAUUGCAAUUUAAUUUAUCUACGAUUUUGCUGGUAUUUCAUUUCGUUUUAUUUUCGAUUUACGUGCGUUUUGUAUCGAUUUGAUCCGGAGUUCACAUUGAAUUCAAGUCGCCAAAGUUAGGACAAUGGCGAAUCGUUUCAAGCCAUCAAUACCAGCGGAGGGAGAGACGAAAGAUGAAAUUACGACGAUCAAAUGUGCGCUAAAGACAAUCAUUCGCCCACAAUACCAGCAAGCAUUGAUGAGCAAAAUAACGGAUCUGAGUUUGCAAGCCACUUCCAUUUGUGUUUUGGGCUCAUUGCUGUUCUUGUUUGAGGUGCAAAAGGCGUUCGAAUAUAGGCGUCGAGAACAAUAAUUUCGCAUUUUUUGGUGGAAGUGGAGAAGAUAAGAUCAAACUCUGCUUUGAACAAGUGCUAUGGCACAACAAUCAGCCACCAAAACCGAAGUCAAGGUAUAAACCAAGCGGAACAAAUCCACGGGGACCACGAGCAGAGCUGCCACGUAUCGAUCCUGAAUUCAAAGCAAUUGUCGAAGGUCUCGACGACUAUCAUCGUAUCGAUUGGCCCAACAACAAAGAUUUCUGCAAUGGCCUUAAGCAUUUGACCAAUCAGUACACAGAUAACGUCGUCACCAAUCUUGAAACGCAUGCUAACAAACACAUCACCCAGUACUUGAAACUGAAAGUGUUCGAAUUGAACUCAAACUUGGAAGAGGAUGGAGAGAAAUUUUUGCCAAGUGACAUCGCAAGUGUUGUGAAUCUGAUCAUCAAACAAAAAGACAUCAAAGUGCCAAUUCGCGAUCCAAACAAACUCGUACGGUGUGAGGUGUUGUAUGAUAUCGUGAGAGAUUGCAAUGUGUUCCCAGAAAUCGAUCUGCAUGACCUUACAACUGACCCAAAACAUUGGUAUAAGGCCAUGCCAAUGUACCUAUCCAUGCAGCGCGAGAUAGAAGAGUACAAUUCGGAGUGGCCACAUCAGCGCCGACCCAAACGCAAGAAAAGAAAGCGAAAAAAGACAAAAGGAAAAUGGAAACGCAAGCGCAGCCAAAUGCUCGACAACCCAGAUUUUCGGCCAUUGAUUCGAAAUUUAGUAGUGGUGCCGAUGUGUGAUUUCCGGCGUACGCACUUCAGAAUCGAUUGUUCAUCCAUGCACCAGGUGUUGUCUUCGCAAAAAUUGCUACCGAAAGUGGAAAUCGAGAAUAAAAAAGGAACAACAAGCACGAAAACGAUUCAACAAAAGGAUUUCAACCGGGACAGAGAUUAUUGGUGGAAUCAGUAUUUUUACAUGCGAAAAAUUCGACGAUUCGUGCGUGCCAAAAAGCAGUUUGACUAUUCCAUAAACACCGAUGGAAUCUCUGUGUCUCUCCAGUACUCGGCCAAAAAGAAGACAGCCAACAAAGAAAUCGACCAAAAAUCUCGCAUCAUUCAGAAGAUUGAGGAUGGCACAAUCAAAAAUUUUUCGGGCGUUGAUACAGGUGUGCGAAGUUGGAAUACCACAACAACACACGACAUUGAAACUGGCAAAGAAACCAACUUUGUAAUGUCGAGCAAGCAAUUCCACUGGCAAACAGGUCAAAAGGUGCGAAAUGCCAAAGCAGCGCGAUGGACCAAAAAUUUCGUCGAAAUGGAGCGCGCAGACAGAGAAAACCGUGAUCUGUAUCCAGUGAUGCCGUCGCCAAAAGGGUCAAUGUGGCUGAACUACAUCAAACACCGAGUCAAGAUGAUGAAGCAUGGAAUCUGCGCUUACUCGACUGCCAAAUACACUCGACUCGCCUUGGACAAACACAUCAAGAGCAGUAGUGUUGUCGACGAAUGGGUGAAUAAGGUGACCGAUAAGAAACCGACUCUGUUCUUUUUUGGUGCUGAUGGCGAAAUACCACCUGAUAGCCCAAUAAGUAUCAAGAAGCACGUGCGCUGCCCAGGGGUUCGUUUGACUUUGAGGUCAAUAAAGAAGCGCCGAGAUUGUUUCAUACAAUUGGUGGACGAAUGGGGAACAUCUCAAACCGACGCAAGAUGUAUGAAUCGAUUCCAAAACCAGAACAAAGCGGCCAGAUUCAAGAAAUGCCGAUGCGUACCCGACGCCAGAACAUUGCUGCCAACGAAAAUUGUGUCAAAGUUGGGCAAAACGGAUCUAUCGAUCUACCGACAGUUGCAACGCGCCAUGAACGAAGAAGCAUUGGUAGGAGACGAGCGUUUAUUCCCAAAAGUAAAAUGUUACUACAAAAACUGGCGAUUAAACCUCGAAUGCUCUGUGAUUUGGCAUCGUGACGUCGUGGCUGCUAAGAACAUUCUACUGAAAGGACUAUGGACAUUACUGGGACUUCCGAUACCAGAGGCGAUCAAUAGGUAUUGGCGCGAAGCUGCUGAAGCAGCCGCUGCUGUUGCCGCUGCUGCUGCCGCUAGAGCAACCGCUGAAGCAGCCGCUGCAGCUGUCGCCAUCGUGGAUAAUGAUGUAGAAAUGUUCGAGUACGACCAGCAGCCAGCUGAUCAUGCUGUCUAAUCAGCACAUUGCAAACAAAAAAAAAACAAAUGUAACAUUAGUUAUUAAAGGCUAUCCCGAUCAUGUGGGAUAGUUGCGUUGAAGCAAGUUGACUCCCCAUCUGGUUGAUGUUAACUGCGCAGGAGUACUCUAGUGGGUCGUUUAGAUUAGCUGAACACCCUAGUGUACAACUUAAACGAAAAGAAAUUGGUAGCAGCAGAAAAAAAGAGAACCGGCUUUCGGGUCGGCCACAAAUAAACCGUUAACGUGUUUCACAACACAUCACUUAUACAAUUCAUUUUCCAAAUCGGUUUUGGGUUUUAUGAUAGAUAUGUAAUGUAGAUGCCGUUCUUUUUUUCGUCUGUUUUAUCUGUCUUCAAUGUGAAUGUUUGCGAGUUUAGAUGAUUAGAUUGACGGUGAUAUGGAAAACAGUUCACAAAUGGCAAUCUAAUCAAGUGGAAUCGGAUUUGGACAAUGUUGCGAAGCAGUUAAUAUCUUUGGAAUUGUCUUCGGUUGUGGUCGUGUGUCGUUUUUCAAAUGAUGCAUGUAAUUAUUGAGACAAAUUCAUAAGUUGCGGCAAUUAAUCUGUUCGAUGUUUUUAUUGGCCGCACACACACACACACAUACUAAAGCAGACACUAAAGCAGACACUCAGACAGUUUUUCCUAAGGAACCGAAUCAAACGGAACGGUAUUGGACCACGGAAUCGGGAGAAAAACAGCUGGAAAUCGAUUAUAAUCGCAUUGUUAUGAGAGACUCAAGAUAAUUAAUUGAAAACCAUUUAAGCGCUACCAUUAACUUUCGAUAGUUUACUCGGUUUUUUUCUCACAUAACAUUUUCGGUAUUGUCUUGGUCUUGAGAUGAUAAAUAAGUCUUGGGGGAAAUAAUAAAAGAAACCAUCGGCUAAUCGACUUAUAAUGAUGUGUACUUUUUUCGAUAUCCGCCAUUGCGUUCGGUUUUUUUUGUUUUUGACGAUACGAUAUAAUUUGUUUUUAUUCUUUCCUCAAUUCACUCUUUAAUUCGACCAAAUGAAAUCAUAACGAGAUCUCAAGCACACACAAUGCUUCACUUCACACGUUAACCAGCGUGAACGUGUUUUUUUCUCUCUCUCUCCAUUUCAUAUAGGGUAAUGUCUCUAUGAGUGGGCCGUCUCCAUGAGUGGGCCACCCAACAGAUUUCCAUGAAAUCAAAGUCGAAAUGGCAAACAAGUAUUUUUAACAGUUUCGCCUUAUCAAAAAACCUUUAAAUAGCAAUUCUCGAAUAUAUCGCAAGUUUUUUUGAGUGCAAAAAACCAUUGUUAAAAAAAUUAGUCGAAAAAAAAUCAUUUUUAUAAGAAAGUGAAUUUUGCCGAAGCCCAAAACAAGUUUGAAAAUCGUAUUUUUUAAGUAGAGUUUUGUUUUUUUUGGUUGGCCAAGGCCAUGAUAUCGAUCAUUUAAAAUUAUUUCGAAGCAAUUUUGAUGUUAACAUUUUUUUUAGUGAGUCAAUCAAAAUGGCUUUAAAUUUAAUGAGUGGGCCACCCAUUAUUUUCUUCCCCGAAACAAUCAAAUUUAGAUCGAAAACCCGUGUAUAGUGUAGUGUUGACUUUAUUAAACCGCAAAUACGUCAUAAAAUGCAAUUAGUGUAAAAUUUCCGUUCAUCCGAAUGACGAAAAUAUGACUACAAUCUAAUUCACCUGUAAAUAAUAUGACUUCCAAAAGACGUGGAUUUCGAUGCUUCAGACGCCCAAACUAUACAUUAAAACUUUAGAAAUUCGAUAAAUAUCCAAUAAACAUUUAUAUUCUAUGACA